ACUCUCCAUAAUAAUAUUAUUUUCACAAAAAAUAAUGUAAAUAAUUUAGGUUUGUAAUAAUUUAAACAUGUAUAAUUUUUGGUUACUUCAUGUAGGCCUAGUUGUAAAUAUAUUAUAUUGUAGUAGAUAUUUUUCUAGUUAUAACUAGAAAAUAAUUUCCGUAAUGAAAUAUAUAUAUUUUUAAAUUAUUUGUGGAGUUUGGUAAACAUUUGGUUAAACAGGUUCCAGGAUUUUAGAAUAGUGUUAUAUUAUAUUCCGAUAAUAAAAUAACUUUAUUUUAAACAUAAAUAGAUACCUUCCAGUGUGAAAAAUAUUUUAAUAUAGCUAAGAUUUUUAUUAAGUACUGAAAAAAGUGAAUGAGAUAUUAAUUGAAUUUAGAUAGAGAGAGCUACACUCACACUUGCACCAUGUCUCUUAAAUUCCUAUUUGUGCUUUUGGUUCUGAGUGUGGCUGUUAGGUCACAAUUUUACGAGAAUAAAAGAUGUCGUUGUAUUUGUCCUACACCAGCUUCAGUCAGCCUCAAUAAUAGCUCAAAAUCGGACAGAACACUAUAUAUUGCUUAUGUUCCACCAAGCAAGUGUAAUUGUGACGGUGUUAUCUUACCAAAGGUAACUGAUGAGAUAAAAGAUAAUGCACAAAUGUUUUGCCCAAGAUGUGACUGUCGAUAUGAAACACGAAAUACUACAAUUAUCAUGGUUGUGGUUAUAUUAGUAGUUUGGAUGGUGAUGCUAUUAGUAGGUUAUUAUAUUUUUCUGGUGUUCCUGGAAUUUUUAAUAAGUAGGAAACAAACACAACAUAAUCAAAAUAAGGGAGAUAUUGAGGAGUCUGAAAAUUUAUUAAUGAUGGUUGUGGAUCCUGAUGAGUAAGUUAAAGAAAAGACUCAUUAACUACUAUAUGGUGAUUUAUUUAUUUAAUGCUUACAAGAUUAAAUAUUAAUAAGAUUCGUGAGUUUUUUAGUGAUAAAUGGCUGAUUAUUUAUUUCUAUUGAUGUGUAAUUGUUGGUGUCUUUGUUUUUAUGUAAUAUUAAAGCUAUAGGUCUAAGUGAUUAUAAAUGAAUAAUCAAAAAGAUCAGUGAAAUUUAUGACACUUAGAACUGUUUGGUUAUUAAUUUAUUUAUUAAUAUAUUGUAUGUUUAAAUAACAUCUAUAUAUGAUACUCAGUAAAGAUAAUGUUGUAGAGAAAGUAUUUUAGUUUAUUAAGGAAUUAAAAAUUCUUCUUAAUUCGAAUUUAUUAUGGCUAAACCACGGCUCUCAAACUAUUUCACAAAAUAAUUUACUAUAAUGUUUCUAUUUUACAAUGUUUUAUAUGGAAUCCUAAUGUUUUAUAAACUAAGUUAAUUUGUAGAUCUCAAAAUGUUUCUUAUUUUAACAUGAAACAUGUAUAUGUGGAAUAUAACAUUUACAUUUAUUACAUCUCAAUGAACAAUAACAGUUCCAGUGAUUACCAAGCAAUUUUUUUUGGCUUUUGCAAUGCUAUAUAAGCUAAGGUGUAUAAUAUGAACAUGUAAUAUGUUUGUAUAAAAUCUUGAUGAACAUUCAAAUUUACAUAGCUUAUUUCAUUAAUGGGCCCACAUUGAUUGACCAACCUAAAUGAAGUUGUACCAAUAAGGGACUUAGAGAGAGUGUCAAUUGUAAUUAUCAGUUGAGUGAUGAUAAUUGGUGUAAAUUGGAAUUGAUAAACAUUGUAUUAAUAAAGUAAAUAAUAUAAAUAAUGACUGCAUGAUAAAUAAAUAUUUCAUUUAUAAGUAAACAAAAAAUGACAAAUGUUAUUCAGAUUUCGGGUUGGUUAAUCGACUCGUCACCAUAGCUCUUUCCUAAUUGAGCAUAGUGUGCCUAUCAUAAAUGUUACGGCGCUGUUCCCUGACCUGGCGCUUCCAUUUGUCUUGCUGAUGUGUGACGCGGUUCAGAACAUUUCCUCGGGUACCCAUGUGAUGUGAUGGCUCACUGAUUGUACUUUCAUCCUUAAAAGUAGUUAACAUUAUAAAAUGGUGUAAUCAAAUAGUGAUUUCAAUGUUAAUAAAGAAAAUCAUUAAAAACAAUAUGAAAACCAUGACAAUAAAAAGGUAUACCAUGAA